UUUCUGUAAUCAAUAUCAGCUUAUUUUUGGAAAGAUUUCUGACGGAAUCUAAACACAGUCUGUUCGGUUCGGGGUUUUCUUACUUUUCAUGGCGUAUUGCCGUUUGUAUUAAAGGUCAGAGAAAGAGGAAUUAUCGCAAGUGAAGACGUCUUAAUUGGAUGUAAUUUAACUAGAAACGUCUGACUGAUAUCCGAAGAAUGGUGUUCUUUAAUUUGGGACAAAAGUAGAGACAGAGAAAAUUGUUAUAAUUUCUUGGAUACUUUUUCGACAUACUUCAGACAUUUUUAUGUGUGCAUAGCGUACAAUUACGUUUUCAAAAGUUGGAUAUGGUAUUAAUAGAAUAUAUUUAUGCACAACUGUGAAAACAUGCUCUUGGCUGACGGAAAAACACACAUACACGAUGUUUUGGAUUUCAUACUUAACCGAAUUUAUUGAUAUAUAACUGUGAUCUUUUUUGGUCUGUUGAAUCAGAUGAAAAACUUUGUGCGUACUGGUUUCAUGAAUUAGUUUUUUUACUUGAAGUAAACUAACGAGCUUUGAAUCUGGAUUUACUAUGCGCGUAUCAGAGAGGCGGAUAACCGCAUAAGUUAAAUUGGCGACUUUAAUUGCAUCAGAGGAGAUGCUGUUUAUUUAGAGUUCGACAUAACACGCCUAUAAAUAGAUACCGGAUGCAAUAUGAUGCUAUUUUAAGACCUGUUGCAAUAAAAUCAAAAGGCGUCUAUAAAUAGAUACCGGACUGUACCCAGCUAUUUUAAGACCUGUUGCAACCCCCAGGAUUGAAUGAAAUUUACUCCUAAGUGGAAGAACAGCAACAAAAGACUCAGGGUGAGGACGGGAGAAGCCAUGCAUGAAUAUUCUAAGGGCAUCCUUUGAGGGAGUUCCUUGGGAAUUAUGUUUCUGCUCGACAGUGUUUUGGGCAGUUUCGCUACGUACGCUCGGCUUAAGGGCCGUUAUGACGACGACUGGAUUGACCGACUAAACCACCUCUACACCACCAUCAUCUUCAUCAUCUUUACCAUCAUCGUCAGUACGAAGCAGUAUGUGGGCGAACCGAUCCAUUGCUGGUGCCCGGCGGAGUUUACAGACGCCAUGGUCGACUAUACAAACAACGUGUGCUGGGUCUCAAAUACAUAUUUUGUCCACUUCGACCACGACAUACCAAAGUACGACUACACCAAGAAGGAAACAGAAAUUGGCUACUACCAGUGGGUCCCGAUGAUUCUUCUAUUCCAGGCGUUAUUGUUCAAGAUUCCGUGCAUCUUGUGGCGGAUAUUGACAGCGUCCGCGGGCGUCAACUUGGACAAGAUAGUGACGUUAGCGGCGGAAACCCAAUACAUCUCACCGGAAGAUAGGGAGAGGACGAUAAAGCAUAUCGUCCGCUACAUGGACCGGUGGUUGGAAAACGCCCGCGAAUACCGGAGUGGAUGCUUCAUCCGAAUCCGUCAAACGAUCUCAAAAUUCUGUUGUAUAGUGUGCGGCAAGCGCUAUGGCAACUACUUAGUGACUAUGUACAUGUUUAUUAAGUUGCUAUACAUGACUAACGCCGUGGGACAGUUGUUUAUACUAAACGAGUUUUUAGGUACGAACUACAACGCGUACGGAUUUGAGAUAAUGGGAAAGUUGUCACGUGGUGAGGACUUUGAAGAAAGCCCGCGAUUUCCACGUGUCACGAUGUGUGAUUUCAGCAUACGGCAGUUACGGAACGUUCAACAAUAUAGCGUUCAAUGUGUAUUGCCGAUUAAUUUGUUUAACGAAAAGAUCUUUAUGUUCGUCUGGUUUUGGUUAGUAGCGGUUUCCGUGCUUAGUACGGCCAAUUUUCUGGUUUGGACCUACAUAAUGAUCUUCCGUCAGCAUAGGAUACGUUAUAUGAAGAAAUUCCUAAGAGUAAAUGAUUGUUACAAGUCAGAAUUGGACAAAAAGAUGGCGGUCAAAUUUUGUGAACAAUAUUUGCGCCAAGAUGGUAUAUUUGUGUUAAGACUGGUCGGCAAGAAUGCGAAUGACGUCCUUGUUUCUGAACUGAUUGUACAGUUGUGGCAUCAUUACCGGAACAAACCGCUCUUCAAACACGCCACAAAUCAGAUUUCAGACGAUAAUUCUAACGUCUGACUAACCGUGCGAAAAAUCCUCGCCAUUUUAAAGGCUCAACAACACUAUCUUAGCGAGAAAACGCAAGCGGAACUGAAAGAGCUUAUCGAAAAUGACAAAGGCAUUCCGAAUGGUGUAAUUCAUUCCAGUGUCUCAGAAACGGAAGUAUAAAUAGGUCAUCGGUAUGACGUCAUAUUGCGCGUGAUGUUGAUUUGACGUCAUAUGGAAACGUUUGUGAUUGUAUAUAAACUGUUUGUAAUUAUAGUAAAAUGCUAGUCAUAUUUUUUCUGCUUUUAUGUCGAUGCAGAUUAAAGUUAACAACAAACAAUAUUAUGUUUUAUAGGUGAACAGAGGCUAGCAGAACAGAGUAUUAUAGUACAGUUUUUGGCAUCAUAUUAAUUAUGUUUUACAGAAAAAGAAUAGUUAAUUUCCUUUAAGCAUCCAUGAUCUGAUAAGUAAAUCAUACAACAGGAAUCGCAGUUCUAUAUUUAGUAAUACAAAAUUAUGACGUCAUAUUGUUUACGCAGAGAAAAUAUAUUUACUAUAAGACUCGGUUCUGCUUGGUGCGAUCUCGAUCUCAAUCGUUACAACUCGGCUAUCUCCGGCAAGCUUCGAGAUUCUGUUGGAUAAUAGCCGAUGUGUUCCGAUUGGGUGCGAACUGUGUUCCUUUCUGGUCAAAACUAUUCCAUUAUAAUUAUAGUGUUUUACUUUCCUAUCUCAAUGUGCUUUUUAAUAUGGUAAAUGUACCAUAAGUUUAUUUAAAUCACAAUGAUAGAAAUUAUUGAUUUGUUGGGUUAAAUAAGCGAAACAUAUUUGUAUAGAAUAUUGAAACAAUGCUUAUGUUAUUUAGAAAAGAGAGUAAAUACGUUUUGUAUUGUAAAAAUGGAAAACAUGCAAGCGAUAUGGACGCCUAGAUGCCAAAAUGACAAUAUAUAUGUUUCUUCAUUCAGUCAAAAUAAAACGGCAAAAAUGUUUUGUUAAUUAAUGAUGCAUUGCAUACACGCUUUGAGCCUUUUUUUAAAAAAUGCUUUUUAUUUAAAAUUAAGUUGUUUUUCAGCAUAAAAUAAACGAUUUGCAACAAACAUCUUUAAAAAAAGUGUGAUCAUUUGUGCAUCAAGAAAGUUAUUGACUUUAAAUAAACUAAAAAAAAUAGUCAAUUUUUGAACUUUAAAUUAUGAUACAUCUUUCUUGGUGAUAAAAGCGUAUGAGAAUGUAAACAAUUCAAAUGAAACACUAAAGCCGUUAGAUAUGAUACUGACAAGGAACAAGAAAUAUAUAUAUUUGUAAAUAUUUUGGCCUACCUGAAACUAUGUAACAAAAUAUGCACUAUACACAACCAUAUCAAUACGUUAGAAGGUUGCAUAGGGGAGGAGUAUACAUAUUAUAACAAAUGUGUGAGUGGUCUGUCUGCGUAUAUGUAUAACUAACGUACACUUACUGUAUACUAUCCUACAUAUACUAGUAUGUAAGUGUUUAAGUGUGAAAGGGACCAAUGCUGUUUUGUUAAGCUUGCAUUUAAGCUUCACUCUCACAUAUUUACCAUGUUUACAACUUUUUUUAUUUUUUGUCUAGGAAAGAGGAAAUUUUUGCGUAAAUAUCUGCAAACCAAUGAUAUAAGAUUGCUGACAAAAACUCAGAUCGAAGAUUUUCAUAUUUCCGUUCGAAAAUUAAUGUUUUAUGGCUUAAACCGAAUUUAGUAACGGUUUAAGAAAAAUGCAUUAAACAUCAUUUUUUGAACUGAAAUAUAAAAAUCUUCGAUCUAUUUUUUUGUCAGCAGUCUUAUAUAAUUGGUUUCCAUGGAUUUC